AAUAAAAAAAAGAAGUGAGAUAUUGACAACAGCAUUUAUUCUGGUAGUAGUAGAAACAUCAACAUCAUUUAUAAGAGAAAGGAAGAAAAGUAAAAUGGAGGAUGUAUUAAUAGGACUAUUUGAUGAAGAAUCACAGAAAUUAUUACUAGCUUGUGCAACUAAAAGAAAAAGGACUGAAGAAGAAAGGGAAGAACAGUAUUUCAAUGGAGAAGAACCUCUGUUAACAAGAAAAAGAAAGCAAGAUCAUGUAUUAGAUUAUUUAAAAAAAAUUAAUAAGGAAGUUGGUACCUUCGAAAGGAAGUUUCAGACAUCCAAAAAAUGA